AUGUCUGAAGUACUAAAAGAGUGUAAUUAUGCAAUAUCAAAAAGCACAACAAAAUUUAUACGAGCCCCAGUCAAAACAAAAUGGGAUGUUAUUGUUUAUGAUAAUCGUUAUGUAUUACUGGUACAAACACCAUCAUCAUCCCAUCGUCCCAGUGAAUUUCUUGAAUUUGUUCUGGCUACAAAUGAAAAUUUAAUGCCAAUUGAACGAGGUGUUGUUCCAAUUGCAAUAUACGAUAGUUAUUUAAAAUUCCAACAUCCAGAAUCAUCGAAUACGAAUUAUGUUUUAUUAACAAAUGAUCGUAUUACAACAUCGAGUGUAUUUCGUAUUCAAACAACAAUGCAACCACGUGUAGUCAAGCGUGACGAAAAUCCAUGCACACCACCCCAAUGUGGUUAUAUAAUGGCACUUUGGAAUUAG